AUGGAUCCGGCCUCGGUCACCAUUCCCCCAUUAAAGGAUCUUUCCAUUGAGAACAUCACGGAGAACACGAUCCUGAUCAACUCGCAAUGCCCUGACGCCCGGAUGAAAUAUGUUAUGGAAAGAUUGGUUACGCAUCUACACGAUUUUGCCCGUGAGACGAGGCUGAGCACCCAAGAGUGGAUGACCGGGCUGCUGUUCCUAACAGAAGUCGGAAAGAUUUGCACUGAUGUCCGACAGGAAUUCAUCCUUCUCUCCGAUGUCCUCGGCCUCUCUCUCCUCAUCGACGCGAUUGAUCACCCAAAACCAAAAGGCUCAACUGAAGGAACCGUCCUGGGUCCAUUCCACACCCACGACGCAGAACACUUAGAUGCAGGCGCCAACCUCUCGCAUGACCCCGAAGGUGAUCCACUGCUUUGUAUCUGCAACGUCAAAGAUACGACCGGUAAACCCAUCGAGGGUGUCAAGGUUGAUAUUUGGGAAACCGAUUCCACUGGCCAUUACGAUGUGCAACAUGCGAACCGCACCAAACCAGAUGGACGAGGGGUCAUGCAUAGCGACGCUGAGGGUAACUUUUGGUUCAAGGCCAUCUUGCCUGUUCCAUAUCCCAUCCCGCACGACGGCCCGGUGGGUAAAAUGCUGAAGCUAUUGAAGCGUCACCCAUAUCGCCCAGCUCAUAUGCAUUUCAUGUUUGAAAAGUCUGGAUAUGACCAUUUAAUCAGCUCUCUUUUCCUCCGCGGAGACCCAUUCGAGAGCUCCGAUGCCGUUUUUGGCGUAAAAUCCUCCCUCGUGGUCGACACCACCACCGUUACGGACCCAGAAAUGGCCGCGAAAUAUGGUGUCCCCGUUGGCACUGCGUUGCUUGUACACAACUUCGUCCUGGUGUCGGACAAGGAAACAAGUGACUUGAGAGAUAGAAACUCGACCGAAGCGCUGGCCAAGUUGGGUCGCAAAGUGAAAAUUGUGAAUGGGCUGCCCAUUCCUGACUUGGAUUAG